AUGGAGAAGCACCACAAGUUGAGAAGACCGCAGGGGUCGAGCAUUCACGGAUGUAACAUCUGCGGCGUGGAGGGACACCAGGCGGCUUUUUGCAUGAAUGGGAGCGUAGAUUGGGCUAAUAAGUGGCCGAGGGAGUGUUUCGUGAUAGAACCGCCGCAGACGACGCUGAGGAAGGAGCCAGACUUUAGGAAGAUGGCGCGCGAUGCGAAGGCGUAUGCAAAGAAACGAAUGCGCAUGCUCGACCGGGAGAGGCGACGAGCGGCGGGUGAGGAGGUUUCGGAGAGCGAAGAGGAACAACCAAAGACUGAGGCGUCGGAGACCGGUGGGAAACCCGCGAUCGCGGCCGGUUGGGUGAUGUAUCACGACAAAUUGGGACGGCCGUAUUACCACAACAAGUUGAGUGGAAAGACCCAGUGGACGUUACCGACGGCGUAA